ACGUGGCUGCUGCUGCGUGAGAGUGACGCGCUUGCCACACACCUUAUUGUAUGAGAUGGAAAGCCCUUUUGACAUUUGUCAUCAGUUUCUGGUAUCAAAAGGAAUCAACUUCUAUUUUGGAUUUCAACUGUUCUGUCUUUGAUAUCAAGCAAUGGUUCCUAUCCAAAACAGAACUGUUCAUAAAAAUAAAAAAAAUCUUGAUAUCCAAAAAUAGUGCCUUCGUUUUUGCUGUCAGAAAUACAAUUUUUGCUAUCAACACUGGAGGACACUACUUUAAUGAGGAGGAUACUGUUUGCAAAGUCCAUCAUUAACUAGGUCAACUGCCCGGAACCCGCAAACCACGCAGCGCGCAGUUUACCUGAACCCUUUGAUGGAUUCAUCACAAUCACAUUUGAUAAGAUGCAGUCUCGCUGGUCAGGAGUGUUUCUCCUGUGCACCUUCCUCUAUGGUCCUGAAACUUCAGCUGCGCAGUCCGGAGUACAGCAGCUGAAAGGUGUUAAGGGCGGGCGGUUCACGUUCCCUAUCGACAUCCCAAACCUCCGCCCGGAGUCGGAUGUCAUCUGGAAACAUGGCUCUGAGAACCCAGAGUGGUCGAUUGCAAGAAUUCACGGGGGGAAGAUUGAGGCUGUGUACGAGGACAGAUUUAAAAGCCGUCUGCAGGUGGACAGUAGCGGCUCUCUACAGAUUAAUAACUUAGAGUCGGAAGAUGCCGGCUUUUACCAAGUGGACGUGGCGCCGGGGGUUUCUUUUAAAAGGAUGUUUUACUUGUCCGUUUACAAAACUGUGUCAGCGCCUGAAGUAAAAAGAUUCAACGAAUCAGGAAAGCUGUUUAUAAGGGCCUGUGUUUUACAGUGCUCUGUGGAAAAUGACAAAGACGUCAGUUUGUAUUGGCUUAGAGACGGGCUUGUCCUGAACCAGCUGAGCUCACCUCAAGAAAAACCACUGGAGCUUCUGCAAGAAACACAAGGCGAUGACGUUAACUAUACCUGUGUGGCCAGCAACAGCGUCAGCAAUCAGACAGUCUCUGUCACUCCAUUUGAAUACUGCCCAGGGGUGUGUUUGGCAUACUAUGAAAGUGGCUACAACACAGCCGCUGUGAAUCGCAACACUGACGGCAGCACCGAUUAUGGCAUUUUCCAGAUCAACAGUCGCUGGUGGUGCUCCAAUGGUGUAACUUCUUCCUCCAACGCCUGCCACAUCUCAUGCAGCAAACUUCUGACAAGUGACAUUUCUGAUGACAUUGAAUGUGCUAAGAGGGUUGUACGAGAUCCAAAUGGAAUUGGUGCUUGGGUUGCCUGGAGAAACCAUUGCAAAGGCAGAAACAUGGAUUCAUGGGUCGUUGGUUGUGGUGUCUAAAGCAGAAGCAGAAAACCUCAUCGCUUUUAGAUAAUCAGACUGAUCAAAAAUAUUUUGACAUCUUGACAUGCUGAAGAAAAAGGCAGAAGAUAAAGAAUCCUCCAUUAUUGAUGUCUGUUUUGUUCUUGGUUUUUGUUGGCUUUACAGGAGUAUGUUGUUAUGUCUACAACCAUCUCAUAAAUCCAACAUGUAUUUAGUCAAUUAAAACAGACUCUGAAAAAACAUAUUUCAAAUAACUCCUGGGUUCAGACACUUGUUCCAGCAUGGCGUGCAGCAAAAUUAAAAAGUGUUGAAUGUUAAUAAACAGCAUGCCAGCAAUCUCAUAUAAUCAAUAUUAUUUCUUGAAAAUAUCCCAUUUUUACCUGCUUCUUGAACUCUGGGAAAUAGAACUAGAAUCUUCAAACUGGUUCUCUGAACUGCAUGCACCCCAAGAUUGUUUUUUUUUAUCUCCAUUCAGUUUUCAUUAUUUCUUUAUUUUUCCUUCUAAUACAUUCUGUAUUGAUUUUGGCAAAUAAAAUAGAAUUAAGCAAA